AUGCUCGGGAUAACUCGACGAUCCCCAGGAUGCAAUAGUCUUCAACAUCCGGGUAGCCUCUUGCGAGGCUUGCUCGUGCCAUGUCGGCGCGCAUCUCACCAGUCGAGGCAGUCUCCCAUAGGCUCACAGAGACGAAACGAUUAUCGUGACUUCCAGCGACGAGCCUCCGACAAGUUCCUUGCGGACCUACAGCGUCGAUCCACCAUUCGCGAUACCCUGAAGAAAUGGGAAGCCGAGAAUCCGCAGCAGGCCGAGUUCCCGGUAUGCGAUUCUCUCCCGCCGGGCGAGCUACCGAACAGCAUCUCCAAGUCGCAAGCGCUCGGCAGCAUACGGGAGGCCCGCGAAGCUGGCGAUCCCGAGGAAAGCGGAUUUGUGGUGGACGGGAUGGACUCUGUUGACGACACGGCGUCGGUCAUGCAGGAACACCUGCGUCCUGGGACCCUGAUUGAGCUGAGAUUGUCCGAUUCGCGUAUUCCGCUUCUUGGAGUCAUCCUCGGCCGCUUCCAUGGCGUAUACUACUUUCUCACCAACGGAGGGCAGCUGGCUGCCGAUGAGGAAACCCAUCCCCUUGUCGACUUCCUGCCAAAGGACAGGUUUGUCAAUCCGCGCGAGGUUACCCUCCUCUACCAGCCGCCCAUCGAGUUGUGCGCCCCGUUGCAGAAGAAGUUACAACGCUUCGAUGCCCAGGCCCAUCACUUCCACCAAACCAACCUGACGGCUCUAUCGGCGGCCGAGAGCAAGCUGCCGCAUCCGUCGGAAUUCUCCACCUUGAGCUUGCACCAGAUCGCUCAGACCCUAAUUCCCAAUAAGGUGGAUAGCGCUGGUACUUAUGACCCGGCUACUCUAUACGCCGUCCACGUCGCCCUCAUGAAUGACGAAACGCACGGCUUUCGCCCGUUGAACAAGAUUCACGCCGGCAAGCACGUCAGCUAUCUGUAUCGAAUUUCGCCGGCUUCGUCCAACCGCAUUAUCAAGAAGGUUAGGACGCAGGUACGACAGAUCAUGGAGACGCUCGGAAGCAGCACAGGUUCGGGUGGAGAGAAAAUCAACCUCGCCAACAACGGUCUUUGGAGAUUCAUCAUCAAGACACGGCGGGUCAUCAAAGAGAGCCGCGCGCGGCGGAGCUGGACCGAUCACGGGAUGCUAGUGCCUCACCAUGAGCACUACGAAGCCUUUCAAGGCUGGACAAAGGAAGAUCAAGAUUACCUGCACUUCAUGGAGCUUUGGGUGGGCAGUCAUGUCCAUCAGGAGAGCAUCUUGCACUGCUUUGGCUCGUCUAUCCUGCACCUGACGCAGAUGUACCAGCCAGCGAAGCAGCUCAAUGCCGCGACUGGCUGGACCUUUCUCCAGGAGCUUGGCUGCAUCCCCUCCUGGGAGCUACCUACCCGCCACAAGUCACCCAUCCCCGGUGCCAAGGUGAAGAGUGGAGGCGGCUACGACCGGCCCUCGCCGGGUCCCUUUCCGAAUGCACCAUCCACCACCCUCCUGGAUGACGCCGUCUCCGUCGAGCCUGCUGGGGCGCCGGGCGAGUAUUGGAUCCACGCCCACAUUGCCGACCCCGCAGCGUUCAUCGAUCCCAAAUCCAAGCUAGCCGACUACGCAGCCAUCAUUGCCCAGGACCACUUUAUCCCGGGGUACCGUUGCAGCAUGUUUCCGCCCGAAUUCUACGAUGAAAUUGUCAUGAAGAACUUUUCUCUUGACAAGGACAGGCCUUGCCUCACCUUCAGCACCAAGUUGAAUGAGGACGGCCAGGUGCUCGAUGUCCGUGUCCAGCCUGGUACCCUCCAAAACAUCACGUUCCUCACGCCUGGGUCGGGCCCCUCAAGUAUCACCGGCCCGCAACCCCGCGCGUUGAGCAAGGUCAGCGGUUUGUCCGAGGCCGAAAGGGAUGAGCUGCAGACGCUCCACCGACUCCUCACGGCCGUGGAUGUGCUCCGCCUUAAGCGUGGCGCCAUUCCUCAAUCCAGGGCCUCGCGGUCAGAUGCGACAAAGUGGUCCGGCGACCCGAUGAUCGAGAUCGGCUUCGACGAGCGCAAGGACGGCACCCUCGUGGGCAUGGCCAUGAUGCUCGCUGGCGAAUCCGCCGCCAAGUGGUGCUCCAGCCGCAGCAUCCCCGUCCCUUACCACGCGCAACCCGGCGCCCUCCGCAACCCCGAGGGUCUCCGCGCCCUGGGGGACCAAAUCCGCGCCCUCACCGACAGCGGCGCGGACGUGCCCAUGAGCCUCUGGCGGACCUUUGACCGCGAGGCCGGGCCCACCGCCCAGUCCGUUUUCCCGAGCCCCAUCAUCCCCCAGGGCCUCGAGAUGUACACCAAGGUGACCUCGCCCCUCCGCCGACUCGCCGACUGCAUCGUCCACUGGCAGAUCCACGCCGCCCUCGCGGAAGAGGCCCGCCUCUCCGCCUCCCUCGCGGGCCAGGACUGCUCCCACGCCACCUUCCUCCCCUGGGACCGUCCCGCGCUCGGCGCCAAGCUCGAGUCUCUGCGCCUGAGCAACUACGUCUCCCAGACCCUCAGCCGGGGCCAAGGCUCCCAGCCCUGGCUCUACCAGGCCCUCUUCCGGGCAUGGAAGUUUGGCGAGGCCCAGCUUCCCCCGUCCUUCCGCUUCACCGUCUCGAGCGUCUACGGCGGCGUGCUCAUGGGCGAGCUCGACUACAUGGGCUUCUCCGCCAUGCUGCGCAAGCGGGACAUGGGCGGGGUGGCCCUCAUGGCCGACGUGCAACGCGGCGACGUCCUCGAGGUCGAGAUUCGCGACAUCAACGUUUACUCUAUGCACUUGUUCGUCGGGGCUUUGCGCCUCCUCGGCAAGAAUAGCGCGGUAGCUGAGGAUCAGGCCCGAUUGCUUGCCGCUGCUGCGUAG